GUUUCUACCACAGAACUGCAAAAAAAAAAAAAAAAAGACAGCAAGCUGCAAAAUGGUGAAGAUUUUAGGUAUAGAACUUGCACCUCUGAGCAUUCCACUGGAGAGACGAAUACAAACAGCCGUGGCACUUUACUGGACACUUACUUUUCUUCUGGAAGGAUUUGGAUGUCUUUUCUUACUGAUAUAUCUCUGCUUCACAAGGUUCUACUGGAUUCCCUGCCUUUAUCUUAUUUGGUACAUAUAUGACUAUGACCAGGCAGCAAGGGGAGGCAGGAGAUGUGAGUGGAUUCGACGUUGGAAAAUUUGGGAAUAUUUCCGUGAUUAUUUCCCCGUGAAGUUGAUCAAGACUGUAGAUCUUCCUCCUGACAGGAACUAUUUGUUUUGUUUUCACCCUCAUGGAGUGAUGUGUGCUGGUGCUUUCUGUAAUUUUGCCACUGCUGCCACUGGUUUCAGUGAACUGUUCCCAGGCUUGACGUCUUAUCUGCUGGUAUUGAAGGGACAGUUUCAGUUCCCUCUGCACAGAGAGUACUUUAUGACUUCAGGAGCCUGUGACUGUACCAAGGAGAGUUUGGAGUACCUGUUAACACACGGAAAGGGGAACGCCCCUGUCCUGGUGGUGGGUGGGGCACUGGAGGCCCUCAAUGCUCACCCAGGAAAAUACAGCCUCAACCUGAGUCAUAGGAAGGGCUUCGUGCGCAUGGCCAUGAAACUUGGUGUGCCAUUGGUUCCAGUUUUCUCAUUUGGAGAGAAUGACCUAUUUGUACAGGUCAACAAUCCCCCGGGAUCCUUCCUGAGACGUCUCCAGGAGACCCUGAUGAAGUACUGUGGCUUCAGUUUGCCUGCUUUUCAUGGCAGAGGAGUGUUCAACUAUACAUUUGGUAUAGUGCCCUUUAGGAAACCAGUCAAUACUGUUGUUGGUAGACCCAUUGAAGUAGAAAAGAACGAGAAUCCAAGUAAAGAACAAGUUGAAGAUGUACACGCCAAAUACGUGGCUGCCCUGCAGCAGUUGUUUGAGGACAAUAAGAAGCAGUAUGGUCUGGAUGAGAUGCAGCAUAUAAUAAUACAGUAGGGGACAAAAGCUUUACGCGAGUUAAAAGUUAUCCACAUGGAGCGAGACCUUUUUUUUUUUUUUUUUUUUUUUUGUAAUAUGAAAUAUGCACAAAGUAGCAUUGUGGCAAGGAUUGCAUUGCUAUCUCACCUAACACAUUUAGAUUGUCAUAUUGAAAUAGAUUCUUCACAUAAUAAAGGAAAGUGCUAUUUUCAAUGGAUUCGGGGUAAGAUUUUUUUUUCUUUUACCCAGGCCCAUACCCGUAAGUUAUACUAAUAGGCAUAAAAAUUUAGUGCUUGCAACUUAAGUGGAGAAAUUAUCAAGUAGGUAGAGGAUAAUCAAGUAGACAGCUGGAAAAUAAUAAAAAAAAAACACUCUGUACCAUCUAGGUAGUAUUUCAAUAAAUAUUUGAUUUUUGUCUUGCAAGUUAAAAAAAACCAGCAUUGCCUUCAAUAAAUUGUAAAAAAAGUUAAGUGAGAUGAAAGGGUUUGUUGACACCCACUGGUAUAUCCCAGAAUUAAGGUGCUCGUUGAAAUAACGUGCUGUUUGUGUGUUGAGUUAAAAUUUUGUCUGUUCUAUGAAAAAAGGAGAACAUUAUGUGAUAAUUUUAAUGUCCCCCAGUUUCUUUAAAAAUUUAGAGUUAAACAGUUUUUGCCAUUAUAUUUGCCAUUGUCAUACAGUUAAUGGUUUGUGAUAGGAAUUUCAAACUGCUCAAAAACUGGACUGAACUAAGUUUUCUUAGUAUUGUUGUGAACAGGAGUUUAAUCAUAAAGAAGUAUAUGUUAUCCAAUUUGAUAGUAUUUUUGAUAUAGAUAAAAUGUAUAUUUUUACUAAAUAGAUAAACUGAAACUGCCAUUAAAGGAAAAUUAUGCUACUUAUGGAAAGGAUGUCCAUUUUCCCCAUUGUUGCCAUUAUUGUGUUCAUUCUGACUUAAGAAGUUGAAUUUUGUUGAAGCAUUUGUGAGAUUUUUGUGUAAACAUUUAUUGUUGCUGAUUUUGUGAAUGUACACUUUUAUUUUGAUUAUGGAAUGAUAUAAGCAAGUGAUACUUCUUCAUCUGAGUAUGAGUAAUUUGCACAAAUUAAACUCGUCAGUGAUUUUUGUCAACUUUGUAUAUUGUCAUAAAUCCACCAUGAAGCUCUUGCUUUUACUGCACUGGUGUAAUAUCUACACAUAAAAUCAAAAUGAUAUUUGAAAUAAAACAAUAAUAAUUAAAAGCUCUGUCACAGUACUGAUUUAUUGAUCAUGUAUAUUUAACUACAGAGUGACUUUCAUGGAUUUUCUGUUGUUUUAAAUAUUCCAAGGUUCUUUACAUACACCCUGUGUUCCUUCUCCAGUUCUUUUGUCAUAUAAGUAUCAGAUGUGUACUGCCCUGCUUCUGAGCUUGGUGCUGAUAUUACUACAAUUGAAAUCCAAGGAAGGCAUGAAGUUACGAAAAUUAAUGGAAUAAAUAAUAGUAAUAAAAAGCAACAUUACAAUAUGUUUUUCAUGCCAUUUUUUGCCAUGAUUUUGUUUUUGUUCAUUCACUGGAUGUUUAAAUACUAAUAAGCUUAUAAUAAUGACAAAAGGUCUUUUCAAAAUUAUCGUCUGCUUCGCUCUUGCUGCAAACAAUUACCAUGUUCUUUAAAACAUAACGCAACUUGAUUUGUGAAAAUAAUGGCGUCCCUGAAUACCAAUCUUAAUUCCUGAAUGCGUAUCGUGGAGACUAGUUGGCGUCUGUUCUCCCAGGAUAGCCAUUACAUUUGCCAUUGGCAUACAUUUGGGGUGAUGAUUUAAAAAUCUAAAUCCUGACAGAGAUGCGCCUGGGUGAGUACGAGACGCAUCACGCAUCAGAGUCCUCACGGUGCAAGGAUGUUCUUUUUAAAUUCGUAAUUUCAGAAUAAGAUGCGAAAAUAAAUUGAUGGAAAUAUCAAAUAAAAAGUGCAGACUAUUGCAGACGAGCGGAAAAGGCAAACAUCUACAGUGUAACGAUAUGUCUACGGUCCGUUUGAAUAGGUUUAUAAAUAUAAGAAUGUUAGAAUUUUCAGACUUCGGAGAAAAAAAUUAAAAUCAGUGUACCGAUUAAAAUCUUAUUGUUUCCCUUAAAUUGUGUAAAUUUCUUUUUUCUUUAAUUAUUUUAGUUCUAACAUCAGUUUCAUAGGGUCUGUUGAUUCUUAAGCUUUAAGUUUGGCAAGGUGCAUUCAGGAAUAUGCCAAAAAAAUUUCAUAAUUUUUAAAAACUUUCUUCAGUCUCAAAAAAAUUCACACUGUUAAUACAUUUAUCCAAUCAAUUUUAUCGUUUAUAUAUUUUAUCAUUUAUCUAAUUAUUAAUUUUCUGGCGUUAUCAUGAACGUCGUUCCUACAGCAUUUU